GUAUUCGUAGUGUUUAUAAAAUAAGAAUAGAAAGAACUUCCCUUACUGACCGAGAAAUCAGUCGUAACAUAGCUGAUUUAAAAAGACAACUUGGGGCAUGUUCUUCUCCAUUUGCUGAAGAAUUACAAAUAGAGCUGAACAACUUACCCGAAUCAGAUUUAACAUGGGAGAAUCCACUGGCUACUGAUAAUAUGAAGUUAAAGCAAGCUUUAGAAGAACAUGAAACCAGAAUCACGAACCUAGAACAGAAAGAUAAAGUAAAAGCUAUUACUAAUGUUUCGCAAUCUUCUAAUGAUACUCCUAUAUCUGAUAUAUCUGACAAUGCUUCAGCACGAAUGUGCAGGCUCAUGCCAAAUUCUGAUGUAUACCAAGAGACGAAGACCCGAUGCACCACAUCACCAAUCUACAUAAAAACUAAAUCUUCUGAAAAUAAAGAAUGUGACAUAAAAACCGUUUCCCAGGGAAACGAUCGUGAUAACUCAUCAUGUGACAUAAAAACCGUUUCCCAGGGAAACGAUCGUAAUAAUAUUGAAAGUAGCGUAGAUAUUGCUUCCCAAAUAAGCAAUCAGCAAAAAACUAUUCCGAAUACUUCUUUACCGGCAGAAGAUCUUGACGAUUCUGAUGAAAUUGAGCUCACUAAAAAUCAAAAUAUAGAACUAGAUUUAAUCCAAGAUUUACAGAAUUGUAUACUUAUUGCUUCACCUGAUUCCAUAGAAAUACCUUCCAAAGACAUCGUGGAUAAUGAAAAGCCAUUCUCUAAAAUUACAACACAAAGCUUAAUUCAUUUAUUUAUGAAAGCAAUAAGAUCUGGGCAUCAAGAAAUUUUAUCCUGGAUUUGCUAUUCAGACAAUUUUGAGAAUAAAGUUAUUGAAAUUCGACACAAAAGAGGAGUUAACGAUAAAACUGCAAGAACCCAGAUAUACAAAGAAAUGUUAGAACAUUUACCGGGUGUUACAUCGGGUGCCUUGCGAAUUAAAACUCUUAGGGCCAGAAAAAUUCAUAAGCUAUUUGGAGCAAAUGGAGUUGGAAUUGACAAGGUUAUGUAUGUUACCUGCAGUGCAAAUGAUAUUUCAAAAUUAACUAAUGUACAAAUUCAAAACAUUAUAAAUCAAGUAACUUCAAAAACCGUUUCCCAAGGAAACGAUCAAAAUCAUGUGACUGAAACAGAGGUAAGUAUUACAUCUAAUUUGGAAGGUAUGAUAAAUGAGAACGUCAAAUCUUUAACGAAAGCUGAGGUAAACAUAUCAUCUAAUCCAAUUCGUGACCGCACCUAUUUCUGUAAUAAAAUAAUAGAACAAUAUCCUAAUUUAUAUAAAGAGUGUAGCGAUGGAAAUGACGAUUAUUACGGAAUUACUGACAAUACAUUAUGUCCACUAUGCAGAUUAGAUCACGGUGAUGAUGACAUAGAAGGAGAAUAUAAAAAUGGAACUUACUAUAUUAAAUGUGAACGGCGCAUAGUUCAAAUAACUGCAUAA